AUGGCAUCGCCAACAAUCUUCACCGAGGCGCUGACUUCAGUCUCAGCAUAUACUCAAACCCCUCUCUACAUCCUCGUCCCCGGCUUUCUGUUGAUUCUCAUCCUCCUCAAAAGGGUAUUCCACAAGUUAAACACUUCCCGCAAAGCCCGUCAACUCUCCUGCAAGCCACCACCCCUCGAACCGUCAUCUCUCCCCUUCGGAAUCGACACAGUCCUCACUUCCCUCCGCGCAGACCGCGAACAGCGCACACCAGACCACGUAGCCUCCCGCUUCGCCGCCCUCGGCACUUACACCUUUCAAAUCUCCCUCCUCGGCACCACAAACCUCAUCACAGCCGACCCCCGCAAUGUGCAAGCUCUCCUGGCAACCCAGUUCAACGACUUCGGCAUGGGCCUCGCCCGGAGCACGAACCUGAAAACGGUUCUGGGGCGAAGCAUCUUCGCCGCCGACGGCGCGGCCUGGCGGUCCGCUCGGGAGAUGAUGCGUCCGCUCUUCAGCCGCGACAACGUCUCCCGUCUGGACCUGCUCGAGGCGCACGUCCAAACACUCUUUCUCUGCAUCGAGCGCGAAAACGCAGCAUCGUCCGACGGCUGGACUUCCCCCGUCAGCCUGGCCUCCUUGCUCCCUUCUCUCACCCUCGACUCGGCGACGGAGCUGUUCCUGGGACAAAGCACGUCGACCCUCGAAGCCCGUCUCCGCGACGACCACUCCCACGCGGGGACGGCAUUCCACCACGCCUUCGAGCGCAUGCUCCACCUCCUGGGCGUCCGAAUGCGCCUCCGCGGCUUCUACUGGCUCUACGGCACCGCAGAACUCCAGUCCUGCGUCCGCACGUUGCACUCCUUCGUCGACGACGCCAUCGCGGCCUCCGACGAGGCGCGGAAGCGAGGCGACUCCGUCGCGCAGUACGACUUCCUCGACGUCCUCCGCGACCGCUGCGCCGGCGACACAAGCGAGGUCCGCGAACAAGUCCUGGGUCUUCUCGCCGCCGGUCGUGAUACGACGGCCAGCCUCAUGAGUUGGACGUGGUACUGCCUCCUCCGGUCCCCGCGUGUCUUCUCCAAGCUCCGCGGGAAAGUCCUCGAUACGUUCGGGACGUAUUCUCGGGAUCCCGGCGAGAACGUGACCUUUGCGAGUCUGAAGCAGUGUACGUAUCUCCAACACGUCCUCUCCGAGACUCUACGUCUUCACUCCGUCGUCCCCUUCAACUCGCGCCGCGCGCUGCGGGAUACUACACUCCCGUCGGGCGGUGGGCCGGACGGGGCGUCGCCGGUCUUCGUGCCCGAGGGCAUGGAGGUGAAUUUCAGCACCCACGUGCUCCACCGUCGCAAGGACCUCUGGGGCGCUGACGCGGAUGAGUUUGUGCCUGAGAGGUGGGAGGAGAAGAGGGGCGCCGCGAGCGCGGCGUGGCAUUUCGUGCCGUUUAAUGGCGGGCCGAGGAUUUGUAUCGGUCAGCAGCUUGCGUUGACGGAGGCUGGGUACGUGCUGGUGAGGAUGAUGCAGCGGUAUGAGGCUGUUGAGGGGCUGGAUGUGGAUUGGACGAGGGAUUGGCAUAAUUUUACUGUCGUGUGUAGUCCUGGGAGCCCGGUGGAUCGGAACGAGGCUGUAUUGUGUCGGUUAAAGGUCGCUCAAGAGUGA